AUGGAAAGUGUCUCCACAGAAAACCAAACUGUCACCGAGUUUGUACUUCUUGGUUUCCAUGAAGUCCCUGGGCUGCACCUCCUCUUCUUUUCUGUUCUUAUGAUCAUCUAUGUCUCCAUCAUCACAGGGAACAUGCUUAUUGUAGUGGUGGUGGUCAGCUCCCAGAGGCUUCACACGCUGAUGUAUUUCUUUCUGGUGAACCUGUCCUUCAUUGAGAUCCUCUAUACCUCCAUAGUCAUGCCCAAAAUGUUGGAGGGCUUCCUACGGGAGUCUGCCAUCUCUGUGGCUGGCUGCUUGUUCCAUUUCUUCAUCUUUGGCUCUCUGGCUACAGAUGAGUGUUUUUUUCUGGCUGUGAUGGCGUACGAUCGCUACCUAGCAAUCUGUCACCCUCUAAGAUACCCACUUCUGAUGGGGCCUCCAUGGUGUCUGGGGUUGGUGCUCACAGUCUGGCUGUCUGGAUUCAUGGUAGAGAAUCUGAUGACCCAGCUGAGAUUCUGUGGCCCCAACCAAAUUGACCACUUCUACUGUGAUUUCUCACCUUUGAUGGUCCUGGCCUGCUCAGACACUGGAGUGGUCCAGGUGUCUACAUUUGUUCUCUCUGUUGUCAUCCUGACUGUCCCCUUUGGGAUGGUUCUGGUCUCCUAUGCUCAGAUUGUGGUGAUUGUGCUGAGAGUUCUCUCUAGGGCCAGAAGAGCAAAAGCUUUCUCCACUUGCUCCUCUCACCUGGCUGUGGUGUCCACAUUCUAUGGAACUCUCAUGGUCUUGUACAUUGCACUCUCUGCUGUCCAUUCCCAGCUCCUCUCCAAGGUUGUUGACCUGCUCUACACAGUGGUCACUCCAAUCUUCAACCCUGUCAUCUAUACCUUGAGGAACCAGGAGGUGCAUCAGACACUAAGCAGGUUUCUCUACUGCAAAACAAGUGAAAUGUCACCUAACGGGGAUAGUGAAGACUUUUUAAGGGACUUUCAGUGUCUUGAUGACUGA